CAUCGACAUCGCAUUAUUGCAAGAGCGCCAGUACAUUACAUUACAUUUUAUCGCCUCCUCGACCGGCCAGGGCGACCUUGGCGAAAAGAAUCACCCAUAGAAACAUAACCAGCGAGAUUAAUCAACAAAAACAAUUGCCGAGAGGAAUCUCUCCCUGAGCGGCCAGAGGGAUCAAAUCUGGUCGCUUGUUGAUGCGUUCUAGAUCCAAGAAACGCCCCGGGGGUCCUCCAAGCAUCUUUCUUCUCAUCCUUCCAACCUCCUCCAACCGGCCCCAGUCCAUUCCUUCCCAUGGCGGAGCCCAUACCACGCCAGGAGCUUUUUGGUCCGCAUAUGUAAGCAGAUUCUAUUUUGGACCGUGGCCGAAAUUCGCCCUGGCGAAACGUGUGGCGCUUUAGACUUGGCCCGCUGAUUGGUGAAAACUGUCGUUUUUCUUCUAGGGGUUGGCAGUCCUCUCAGUGGACCGCCAGCGAUGACAGAGUCCGCGGUGGUCAAUCUCAGGUAGGUGUGUCACUGUUGUGCAUGCGUUUCAGGUUGCGGUUCAAUUACAUUGAAUAGAUCUCUACCUGCUUGCGGUCCCUUUCCACUUUCUACAAUGUUCGACUUUCGGGGGUUGGUGGUGGUGGUGGUGGUGCGAGAAGGGGCCGGGGCCAACAAACAUGUUUUGGGCCCAGGCACAGGGUGGUCACUGGAGGUCUAAGAACCGUAGCUUGUGUUUUGUACAAUGCUGACAUCCGAGGUUAUCUUUGCUUAGAGCCAGCUGGACUGUGAGAGAGAUGGGGCCUACUUUCACGGUGUCCUCGACAUCAAUGCCCUAGGAGGCGCGGGCUUUGCAUCCCAACGAACUGAGGGCGGAGAUGGUCGAUGGGACAUGUCCGCCCAUCAGGGCAUCGAGAUCGUCUGGGAUCCUGUUCAGUCGGAUAAUCGAGUCUACACGUUGAUCCUCAAGGAUGAGUUGCUCCCCCUGAACCCAGACAACGGGCGGCAAAGAUCGACAGUCUCGUGGGAAUACGACUUUGGUGGUUCCCAAGAGACUGCGACUGCGACAACGACUGCCGGUGGUGGAGUGGGGUCCGGACCUGUGGUCUGCUUUGUCCCCUGGAGUGGUCUCAAGCCUACAUACCGUGGCAAGCCAAAGGAGGAUGCUGCAUGUCUUGACGUGUCGAGCAUCAAGAGGAUCAGCAUCAUGAUUCGAAGUUUCUUUGGCACUCAGGAGGGGAGGUUUGGUUUGAAGCUAUUAUCCAUCACUGCUUGUUCCCCACUAGAGUCCGUCGCUGAUGGGAUGAUCAUGACCCGCAAACACGACCACGAGCCUCGAGCCCCUGCAGACUCUUCAUCAACGGACCAGAAUGCACGCAAGGACAAUUCACCCUGACAUGGCUUCUGGAACUACCUCGCUAGAAGUCGCAUGGUCGUGUUGAGAACACUCGACGCCCCCGUACCACACAAGGCAGCUGCGCUCUCGGGUUCAAUUCUUUCAUCACGAUCAUUCCCAGGUCUUGAGUGGAUCAGUCUCCAAAGUCAUCGGGACUUUUGGAUCACCAGCUAAGCCGCGCCGUAUCAGCUCAUGGGUAGGCGAACACGACGUUCGGGCUGAAGACCACGAACACGAAUGGUUAUCGGGGACAUUGUCCCGACAGACGAUACGAUCUGAACAUAUCACUGUCCCCCAUGUGUUGGAUUGCACUCCGCGCUUACUAAGAUCAUCAUUAUCGUCAAUGUCCUAGAGGGAGGAAAUCAAAUUUGGUAAUGGAAAAACCACAACGGGCAGCCAAGUCCCAGAUCGCUCGACUGAUUCGACGUUGAGCAGACCAGAAAGGAAUGCAUUUUGUUCAUGACAGAUAUUGAUAAAGCUUGACUUUCAGAGUUGGUCAGCAUGUCAGUGGCGAUACGCGCAUAUUUCGAUAUUAGAGACUUGGCUUCGAGAAGGCCAAGGACGACAGGAGUGAAGCAAACGAACGGGAGGAUUGUUGGUGGUUAUCGCCUGGUCCCUUCCCCUCAGAAGCACCGACGUGGAAGAUUUGAAAAUCUGCUCAACGAGGUCGGGGGGCAAUGCAAUCUUCCAGAACAACACAGGUGGUAAUCAAGUUACCUAACUCCGGUUAUUUGCUCCACGGGUCUCGGGCCUUGGAGGCUUGUAUUCUUGGCCAUCACGGUGCGAUAGUUUAUAGGUGAAGCAUUGGUAAAAAUGCCGCAGUAGGCCAAGACGUCUGUCUCGAGGAAGCGCACGACGAGUCCAUCCAGGUGGAUGAUUUGAAUUAACCGGGUGAACAAUAUUGUGCCCCUGUUGCGAGGAAUGCUUACCUAAAGGCAGUCCUAAGGAACCUCCGCGGAUGGCUUACGGGAUCCGUGUGGUGGACACUACAGUACCGUGAAGACGGGAACCCGUUGUACACCAUACCCGUAAGUAGUCAAAAGUCAAGUUGAGGCAUGUUAGG